UAUAAAUAAUAGAAAAUUUAGGGUUUCUUUUCUUCAUAUAUAAUUUUCGUCUCAUAUUCUCUUGAAUCUCGCGGCUCCUUCAACAAUUCCUGGAUUCACUGGUUGUAUCAGGGUUUAUAGUUAUAUUCAGCUUCUCUCCUUAAUCUUCCCUCUUAUUCACCAUGUUCUGGCAGCUCACACCUAUAUCCGCCUCUUCACCUGUGGACUCUAUAUUAGACAAGGAAAGCUUUACUUUGGAAGAGCUUCUUGAUGAGGAAGAAAUAAUCCAAGAGUGCAAAGCCUUAAAUAGUCGACUCAUCAAUUUUCUACGAGACAGAGCCCAAGUAGAGCAGUUGUUGAGAUAUAUUGUUGAAGAACCUCCAGAGGUUGCAGACAGCAGACGGACCUUCAAGUUUCCAUUUGUUUCCUGUGAGAUAUUUACAUGUGAGAUUGAUGUCAUUUUGAGGACUUUAGUUGAGGAUGAAGAGUUGAUGGACUUACUUUUCUCCUUCUUGGAACCGAACCGUCCUCAUAGUGCCUUGCUAGCUGGUUAUUUCAGUAAGGUUGUUGUAUGCCUUAUACUACGGAAAACUGUUCCACUUAUGAACUAUGUUCAAGUACAUCAAGUCCUGUUCCGCUUACUGGUUGAUUUGAUAGGAAUCACAUCCAUCAUGGAGGUUUUGGUUCGGUUAGUAGGUGCUGAUGAUCAUGUAUAUCCAAAUUUUUUGGAUGUAAUGCAAUGGCUAGCUGAUAGCAAUUUGCUGGAAAUGGUUGUGGAUAAAUUGAGUCCAUCUUGUGCUCCCAAAGUUAAUGCUAAUGCCGCAGAAACAUUAUGUGCAAUAACUCAGAAUGCCCCAUCAGCUUUAGCCACGAAACUCUCUACUCCAAGCUUUGUUGCAAGGAUACUUGGUCAUGCUUUGGAAGAUUCACAUUCCAAAUCUAGCCUUGUAAAUUCACUUUCAGUUUGUAUCUCAUUGUUGGAUCCAAAAAGAUCAGCAGUUACUUCUCCUUUGAUACAUUCGUUUCGGAAUCAGUUUAUAUAUGAGCCUCCAAUCCCUAUAAAUUCAGAGACUAUCAAUGCGAUGCUGCCUAAGCUUGUUGACUUGCUCAUGCUUUUGAAUGUGUCAUCUGAUGGGAAAAUUUUGCCUACCACAUAUGGAGAAUUGAGGCCGCCUCUCGGGAAUCAUCGUCUAAAGAUUGUGGAGUUCAUUGCCGUGCUGUUGAGAACUGGAAAUGAAGCUGCACAGCAAGAAUUGGUUAACUCAGGAACCAUUCGACGAGUUCUUGAUCUUCUCUUUGCGUACCCAUACAACAAUGCAUUACAUCAUCACGUGGAGAGUAUAAUAUUAUCUUGCCUUGAAAGAAAGAAUGAUUCUAUAGUUCUUCAUCUUCUUCGAGAUUGCGAUUUGAUUGGGAAAUUUCUCCAAAUUGAUAAGCAUCCAAUUCUUUCUGGUGAUGGUAAUCAGCCCACUUUACUUGCUGCUGGAAAAUGUGCACCACGGGUUGGAAACAUUGGACACAUUACACGUAUUUCAAAUAAACUCAUACAGUUGGGAAUCAGCAAUAGCCACAUUCAAGCAUGCCUACAGGAAAAUAAUGAAUGGAAUGAAUGGCAAGCUAAUGUUCUGCAAGAGCGUAAUGCAGUUGAAAAUGUUUAUAGAUGGGCUUGUGGCCGCCCAACAACAUUGCAGGACAGAACUAGAGAUAGUGACGAAGAUGAUCUUCAUGAUAGAGAUUAUGAUGUUGCUGCUUUAGCAAAUAACCUAAGCCAGGCUUUCAGAUACAGAAUAAAUGGGAAUGAUGAUAAUGAAGAGCAUGGUGCUCUUGAGCGAAAUGAUGAGGAUGCUUACUUUGAUGAUGAAUCUGCUGAGGUUGUCAUAUCAUCCUUGAGGCUUGGAGAUGAACAUGGAAGUCUGUUCACAAAUUCGAACUGGUUUGCAUUCGAAGAUGACAGAACCGGUAAUGCACCUGUGGCAUCAUCACCCGCAGAGGUGAUGAAUGGCACCUCAAAUGGUGGUAACAGCAGUAGUGAUGAUGAAGUGGUAGUUGGAGAGGAAGAUGAGUUGAAUGAAAACAAACAGUUGGUGAAUAGCACAUCUACUUCCGAUGCGAUGAAUGGAUUUAACAAUCUUAUGAGUAAUACGAGAUUCUUCAGGUUUGACACAACAGAAAGCGAGGAUUUGUCUGGAGACAGGUCUUUACCUGAGUGGGUGGGAUGGGGAGAAUAUUUGGAAUUGCAAGCAGCAGGUGGUUCAAGCAAGAAUCCAUUUCUUGAUGAUGACAGCACUGAUGUCAGCAUACCCAACCAAACAGAGGCAAUGGUCACCGAUGUUGGCACCCACUCAAGUGGGGAGACCACACUUCCAAGUGAUUCCUUAGACUCCAUGGAUUUAAGUGAAGGAUCAGCGAUAGGUGAUACAAAUCAGAAAUCUCCACCUCUGGUGCCCUCUUUAUUUGAAGAGGAUGUUGAAUUUGUAGGGGUGGAAUCAGAAGGUGCAGAGAAGGCAAUGGAACAAGCUUUAAAAGAAGGAAUAGUUGGGGAAGCAGGACUGUUGCAGAGCGACAGUAUCCCAAAGGUACCUGGAAAGGAGAACGCUGGUGAUGUUGGAGUUGGGAUGGAGGAGUUCAAUGAUUCAAACUAUUGGAGGGUCGAUCAAGAGGUUGCUAUUUCAGAAUAAUUCCUGCGAAAAGAUGUCUUCUGCCGAACAUAGAAGACGGACUUGAAUCUAACAAAAUCAAAGCUUUUGGUUGGUGAGGGCAGAUGCAGAAAAGCAAAAUUCAUCUGCACAGUAUAAUUCCGUUUCGGUGUGGGGGUUGGCUGUGCUAUGGUGAUGGUUCUGUUCAUUAGUGAUUGUUGUUAUUAUUUAACGUUUUGUUUCUUCUUCCUGUUUGUCUGAUUUUAAGGUUAGGGUUUCCCUAUCAAAUCGUAAUUUGAACCUUAAUUAUUACUGGAAUAAUGCCGCAGUCAU